AUGCCCAGCGCCAACUUCUGCCGGAUGAUGAAGUCUCUGCCCAGGAUAACAGGAACUCCAGGCAAGGAAGGUGCACGAUGCGCAGCUUUCGUCGUCUCCCAUCAAAACGUCGUAUCCAGAGCACAACGGCAGCCUCUGCUGGAACCAAGCUUUCUGGGAGGUAAAGCGGAUACUCUGUUGGAACUCAACCGCGAGAUCCAGGCUGUCAUCCCUGAGGGUUUGCUGGAAGGCGAAUGUGACGACUGCGACAGGUAUCUUGAGCCCAUAACAGAAACUACCGUUCUUGUCAGAAGCGCUCUGGCCUCAAUCGUGUUGCCAUCUCCUGCUGUACCGUCGAGCACAGACAGUACUACUCCACCUAACUACCUGAUAUCUCUUCUCACAGAACCGGCGGCUCGAGCCAUCGCAGAGUUGGCGAUCACCGACGCCAAUUAUUCAACAGCAGUCGGUUCCAAGUCUAUAGAUGACGCGGCGGUGUUGCGAACUCUGCACGACGCGGUAUACAUUUGCAUUCGGAAUCUCCAGGGUCUGGGACUGCAAACUGCGCAGUACGCAGUCGUUAUUCACCGAGCACUGUUGCGCAAGAUUCCCAGACAGUUGGAGCUCGAGUACUACAAGUCAAAAGGGCCGGAUGAUACUGGUGCUACUGCUGAUGUGCUUUCGACGCUCCUGGACUUCAUCGAAACUGAAGUAGGCUGCCGUGAACGAGCACGUCGAGAUACGGACUCCCUAAAGGAUGACGCUCCGGGAAGCUCUAGGAACAGCAGAGACAAACGCUUCCUACCGCCUUCUGCUUCGUCCUUGACGGCUGCAGUAGCAGACCUUCGUUGCCAAUGGACGCCAAUUCGUUGCUGGACUGUGCCAAUCCAGAGUCCACCCGUUGGAAGGUUGUGCCGCCUCUCUCAGGAUGAGGUCCGGAAUAUUUUGCGUCGUGAACGCCGUUGUUUCCUUUGUGGGAAACGGUCACACCUGUCAAGAAAUUGCCGAGUUUUCUGGAAGAUGAGGUGCCAGCGAUGUAAAAAGCGUCACCUCACACAGCUGUGUCCGCAAACAUCAACAUCCGAGCCGCAGGCUCCCACCCAGCCGCCACUUACAGCCGCACAUGCGGCUGCAGAUGACGUCAUCACUUCGGUGUCAUCUUCAUCGGACAACUUGGCGUUCAAGUAUGACUGCGGCUCCGAGGUUCUGCUGGAGGCAGCCACCGUCUGGCUCGAGGGCUCAAACGGCCUCAAGCAAUUAGUCCGCCUUUUGCUGGAUGGAGGAAGCCAGCGAAGCUUCGUUUGGCGCGACGUUUCACUGGCCGUUGGAUGUCACUCGGUAGGCUUCGAGGAGUUAACCAUCCACAUCUUGGGCAAUAAAACCACCUGCCGCACAAAGUACAACAGUGUCCAGCGCACACUGCACAGUCAAUCUUCUACUCAUAGUGUGGUAAUCAACGCCAUCGAGUACGAGCACAGCUGUUCCGAUGGGCUUCCAUCCGUGCCCUCGGCAUAUCCAGCCAACUGAAGAGAAUGGGGCUCCAGUUAGCCAAUCAGCUUUCGGCCCCUUCCAGCGCCAUCUGGGUUCUAAUUGGAUCCGAUCACUACUGGAAGGUCGUCACCGGAAGCACCGUGCGAUUCUCGAAAGACCUGGUAGCAGUAGAAACUUUGUUCGGGUGGACGGUGCAGGCCGCUUUUCGCUUCAUAUCCGCGAAUAAGGUAGAAGUGAUGAGGAUUGGCGUGCAAACAGAGGAACCGGACCGAUAGAUUGAUCUGCAGUUGCAAGCCUUUUGGGAGCUAGAACACCUCGCUAUUAAUGAUCGGCAGCGAUCCAACGAUACAGAUGGCACUGUUCUUCAAGAAUUUCGUGCGGCUGCUAAGCUUUGCGGCGGUCGAUAUGUUGUGCGGUUCCCAAGAGAUCCAGGCAAAAGCUUCUUACUGGGUGACAACAAGGCCCUAGCCGUACAGAGACUCCAAAGGAUAACGAAAAAAUUGCUCUCCGACGAAGCAGUUAUGGAUGAGUACGACUCAACGAUACGACAGUACCUGAAGAACGAUCAUGCCGAGCGAGUGCCUGACCCUGCAGUUGUUUCAGGACCACUGUACUACAUGGCUCAUCAUGCAGUCAUUCGUAGAGACCGAGAGACAACGAAGGUUCGGAUAGUGUUCGAUGCCUCAUCAAAGGCUCCCGGUUGUCUCUCGCUCAACGAAACGCUUCAUGCUGGGCCAAACUUGAGCCCGGACGUCCUGGAACUUCUGCUACAAUUUCGAGCCUUUCGAAUUGCUGUAACAGCGGACGUUGAAAAGGCGUUUCUGCAGAUCCUGUUGGAAGAGGCUGGCAGAGAUUGGUUACGCUUCCUUUGGUACUCGACGACUCCAAAGAACGGCGAACCUUUACCAUCAGUUGAGACUUGGAGGGUGACGCGUGUCCCUCUCGGUGCCAAGUCGAGUCCAUUUCUGCUAGCAGCCACCACACGUCAUCACUUACAGUCUGUAGAGGCAACGUAUACUCCGACUGAUACUCUGACUGCUUCUCUACUUGCGUCACACUUUUACGUCGACGACCUAGUUGUCGGGUUGGACACUGUUGAAGAGGCGCUAACGCUAUACCAUCAGGCACGACAGAUCCUUCGAGAGGCCGGUAUGAAGCAGGCGAAGCGGACCAGCAACUGCGCAGCGUUACGCAGUACCUUCGAAGCGGAUGGGACAACGUCCGCGCCGGAUACAUCGCUGAGGAAGGUGUUAUAGGGCUCUUCUCGGACGUCGACACUGACGAGUUGCGUUAUUCCCCGAAGUCCAUCUCCAAGUUUCUUGAAAAGAGGACCGACACUAAACGUUGCGUACUGCAGACGGAACCGCGUGUGUACGAUCCACUGGUCUAUAUAGCGCCAUUUGUGAUUACGAUCAAGAUUUUACUGCAGAGCAUCUGGCUUUCCAAAAUACAGUGGGAUGAUCGUCUCCUCGGAGAUCUGAUGGGAACGUGGUUGUCAUGGUGCCAGGAAGUUCCGCUGAUCUCUCGAAUUUCGAUACCUCGGACGCUAUCGGACUCUACAUCAAUUGCCGCAGCAUCCAAAACGCUGCACAUGUUUUGCGAUGCUAGCCCGAAAGCGUAUGACGCUGUUGUUUAUCUACUGAGCGAAAGAGACAGGGGCCUCUCUGAGGCGAGCCUUCUGCUAGCUAAGAGCAGAGUUGCUCCUGUGAAGCAUGUCUCGCUACCCAGAGUAGAACUCAUGAGUGCUGUCAUUGCCGCACGACUGCUCACGUGCGUCAGAGCCACGCUAUCCAUGCCCGAGGUGGAAGCAGUCUUGUGGGCUGACUCACUUUCUUGUUGGGGGAGUGUAAAAGAAGUUGAGGGUUCUGGGGCCGGAUUCCCAAAAGCACCUUACGAUAAAAUUUCUCGCAAGUUUGUCGUAAGGAAAAGUUGCGACAAAUAGCGGAUUCACGAAGCGCGCAUGUCGUAAACUUCUUGCAAGUUACAACGAAAUCCUAAGAGAGCCACCGAACAGUCUUACGAGCAAAGAUGGCGGCGUACAUAGCAGCCGUGGAGAUUGAGUCAAGGAGGACUUUACGCCGUGAACGCGUUUUCAAGACAAGGACAGCUCUGGAAAGCAUACCGGAUAGCCAUCUCCUACGAUACUAUCGUCUCCCACGCGCGUCAGUACAAAGCCUGCGCGACAUACUGGCUCAGGCCUUACGGCGUCCAACAGCACGGUGCCAUGCGAUACCAGUAGAUGUGCAAGUGCUUGCGGCGCUUCGGUUCUACGCCAGCGGGAGUUUCCAGUCAGUCGUCGGGGAUGUGGCGUCUGUCAGUCAGAGCAGCACAUCCCGUAUAGUUAAUGGGGUGACGAAAGCGAUCGUCGAACUGGCGAACGAGCAAAUAAGGUUCCCAAGAACGUCGACUGAAGUCCUACAAACAACUUUAGGGUUUCUCGACAUUGCAGGGUUUCCAAAGGAUCUUGGGUGCAUCGAUUGUACACACGUGUGUGUCAAACCUCCUAAGCGUGAGCUCCGUGCAGCCUAUCGCAACAGGAAGGGCCUCUAUUCAGUGAAUGUGCAAGCAGUAUGCAAUGCAGAUUGCGAAAUUACACAACUCACUGCUAGGUGGCCAGGAAUCUAGGUGACUCAGGUUACCCUCCACAGCCAUGGCUGCUGACACCUUUCCAGGCACCAUCAACUACCGCAGAAGAGAAGUACAAUAAGGCUCAUCGCACAACCCAACAUGUUAUUGAGCGUAUACAUUUGGCUUGCUGAAAAGUAGGUUUCGCUGUCUUGACAAGUCGGGAGGGUGCCUUCUAUACCCUCUGAAGUCAUGCUGCAGCAUCACUGUGGUGUGCAGUGUCCUCCAUAACUACUCCAUCCGCCACAAUAUUUCUUUGAUUGACCCUUGUUGGUAAGUUUUAACAUACAACGUAACUUUUGUGCAAGCGACACAGUGCUGAUGCUUUGAAACCUUCACAGAAGCAGCAUCCUCUGGCUGUGUGUGUAAAAGUGUAGCAUAAUGAUACCUUUACAUACAGCACUGUGUGUGCCAUACUCCUUCCAGAGAUACAAGAAGAAGAGCCACAGGAGUCAGGAGUGCGAGACAUGCCUUCCGGGGUUUCAGUACGAGACUGCCUGGUGGCACGGGUCUUCACAUAACUCAAGAAAUGCUCAACAGCUUCCAGAGUGUCCCAUCGUACAGUGAACUCUAUUUUUGCAGAAUUCCCACCCCACUGGCUGGAGGUAUUUCCAGGAUGUGGCACAGCAGAGAAAGACUUUGAAACCUUUCCGUCGAUUAUAAAUGGAGCCUGAAGUUUUGAGAAUUUAACCCGUUUCUUACUUGAAUUGAACAUUGCCUCUCUUGGGUGAAACUUAAUGGUUACCCAGCAAAUUGCCCUUACUGAACCGCCUGUAGGAAUGCACACUAGAUAGUUUAGCAACAAAUGCAGUCAUAUCACCAUUUGUAUCAAGCCAAUACAGUUCAUAUGAGUAGUAAGGUCUCAUUUCUCCUCGAAUUUAGCAUACUGGAAGUUCUUCCACUCCAAUUCACACGAAGUUAGAGUACAUGUUCAUUUCCUCAAUUUUCGCCCUCCAAAUUUGAAAAAAAAAAAUUUCAUGAAAACUUCAGGCUCUAGUUAUAAAUGACAUGAAGUCCCUCGUGCACUAAUUCCUGUGGACAUUCUUCUUACCAACUGACAUCAUCUCACCUAAUGAGAUGCCGAAAUGUUGCUAGAUAACUUAUUCACCCUCCCUUUGCUGUGCUGUCCCCUCUUGGUUUGUGCAGUCACGCGAUUAUACACGUGCUAAAAGAAGUGACUUCAAGUAAAUGGAUGGUAGCUUUAUACAUGGCUGGACUGUACAGAGUAUAUACAGCUUGUACAAAGUACUACUUCUCCCAAAGUUGCAGUAACAGUUUCAAGCUGCAGGGCAGCAGUGGGUCUCACUAGUGGGGCACCCUGGACAGGCAGUGGCUGACAGUGUCGGUCAUUGCACUCUAAGCAGAUGGCAUCCCGGCAUCUAGGAGGGAAAGAGGCAUAGGGAUUAGGGGAGGUAUGUUUAUUUGCUUGUGGCUUUUGGUAAUCGAUGUGUGCCUUAUUCAGUCUCACAUGGAGGAUAUCUUUGAAUCAGAAGUUGAUAAAAGACCAGUAACAAAUAUAGCUUUCAAUUUUAUGUAGCAAUAUUACCUACCACUUUAAUAUCAUGUUAGGAUCAAUUAUUUGCAAAGAUCGGUUACCGAAAACCACAAGCAAAGAAACUUGCUGCUCUCUAUGCGUUUUUCCUUCCUCCAUGCUGGGAUACCAUCUGCCAAGAGUGGAAUACCCGACACUCUCGGCCAUUACUUAUCCUAAGUGCCCCCACUGGGGUGGCCCUACUCCUGUUCCGCUAAUAAAACUGUGUUAGUUUUUGCUGUGUGAGUAGUAGUACACAUUUACAAUGUAACAUUUUCAUCUAUGUUUCUGUUUACUUGGGCAGCUCCUGCAGGAAGCGUCUUGACACCACAUUUGUACUCUUGGAUGGAUAAAAUCCUGCCCAAUAUGUCGA